ACCAGACGAAUCAUCACAUAAACAAAAUGCGAACGUUUUAUAUACUUUUCGCUCUUAUUGCAUAUAGCUUUAAAGUUCAAAGUACAACGCUCUGUGACAGUGAUUUUUGCGUGUGUCGACACAAUAAUAAAAGUGAUCGGGAUCUUGCUGGUGAAUUCGUUGUAUGCUCUUACGACCCUUCUGUUUUAAAUAGGAUCUUUGGGCUACCGGAAACAGUGUAUUCAUUGGAUUUGUCAAGAAAUAAUUUGACUACUGUACGAAAUUCGGGUUUGCUCCAAUCCAAUACGUUGACGGAACUAUAUCUCAAUUGUAAUCAAAUACGCGAAAUAAAAGAAAAUGCAUUGCAAUUACCAAAACUGAAAAGGCUGGACUUGAGUGACAACGAGUUAGAAGUUAUACACGAAGACGCAUUUAAAUAUAUAAAAAAAUUAGAAUAUAUUAAUUUGGCUAAUAAUAGGUUAACAUCGUUCGAAAAAAUAUCAUUUCAUCAUUUAGGUAACUUGAACGAAAUAAUUCUGAACAAUAACGACCUUGGAGCCAGUCUUGAAGACAAUAAUUUGUUCGACCGUAGCGGGUAUGGACUGACGCAUAAAAUACAAUCACUAUCGAUAAGUGGAAUAAAUCUAAACGUUGUCCAUGAAAAUUUCUUUGUAGAUGCGUUCGAUUUAAAAAAAUUAGUGAUUUCAAACAAUAAUUUAGUGGAUGUAUUUGAGAUACCAUUCACACUGGAAUAUUUAGAUUUGUCAGAUAAUCCGAUUACACAAAUAUCUGGCGAGGAUUUCGACGAUUUAUUAGCUUUGAAAGAUUUAAAAUUGAACAAUCUUCUGAUAAAACAAAUACCAGAUUACGCAUUUGCAUCUUUACAUGCUCUUAAAAAUUUAGAAAUUGAGAGAAAUAGAAACCUUACAGAAUUCAGCCCUAUGGCUUUUGGGCAAGAAAUACUAGAAGAUGCUGACGAUUUUGCGUUAGAAAACUUAUCCUUGAAAGGAUCGAGAUUAAAAACACUGGACCAAAAGUUGGAAGUUCCAUUCGGACAAUUGAUAAGACUGGACCUGCAGGGAAACUUUUGGAAUUGUGAUUGUAAUCUUGUAUGGAUAAAGAAAUUACAAAUACAAAAAGAAGAUUACGAACAUCUAAGAUGCUUUACACCGAAACCGUUGUACAACAGCCGCAUUUUCGACUUAAAUGAAAGAUAUUUUUCGUGUCCAGCAAAUACUCGCAAUGUGGGCACAAUCAUAGCUGUGAUCUCUUUUUGCGUACUAUUAACUAGCAUAGCCUUGUGGAUAUUCCUGUUUCUGCCGAAAUAUCAAUCUAGGUGUAAUUUUGUAAAUAAUAUACCCGUUCCAACUGCGGGUUACACUGUGUUGCCAGUACACGCACCUAUACAAAAUCGAUAAAUAUUAAUUUUAGAGUAUAUUUUGCAAAACCAUGUAAAUACUAUUAAAGUAAAGUAUAAUUAUAGUCAAUCUUACAGUACAAUAAUGAUUCAGUAUUGGGCAUAAUUAUUACCUAUACGAAUUAAGUAUCAUCCAGUUCGCCAGUUACGUUAAGCCACGAAUACGUUCGACUAGUGUGUUCGGUCGACAUUAGGCCAAUGGAGGUAUUCAUUGAUUACAAAAAGAGCAGGUUGAAGUAAUGUUCACUUGGCAUUGGUAGUUUUUAUUUAUUUAUUUAUUUAUAUAAGAUAGGUGGACUGGUAAAUGGGCUAUCUGGUAUAAAGGGUCUCUACUUCCCAUAGACAUCGACGCAGUACGAAACGUAAAUUAUUUCUUACAUCGCCAAUGCGCCACCAAUCUUGGGAACCAAAAAUGUAAUUUACUUCUAUAUUAAUAAGUAUCUAUUUAUAAGUACUAAUAAGAAGGUCUGUUUAGCGGUAGAAUAAACGGUAAGUGGGUAGUACCUACGCAGGGCACAAACCCCUACCAUUAAAUCAUAAGCCAUUCAAUAAGGAUUUAAAUAAAUUUAAAACUAAAUUACAAAACAAUAAAAGA